AUGCCGCCGAGACGGAAUGCGCCUGCGGGUAACGACAAUAACCUCUCUGCGAUAGAUCGAAUGGUUCAAGCAAUGGAGAGAAUGGCUGAGUUUAUGCUAGCUCAGCAAGGCCAAAACCAAAACCAGGGACAACCGAGAGUGGAUUUCGCUAAGGCAAUCGCCAACCGACAACCACCAUACUACGCAGGUGAAAAGGAUCCAGUAAUUUUGGAGGAGUGGAUCCGAACGUUCGACAAGUUGCUCAACGCAGUGAAUUGUCCUGCGAAUCAACGAGUAUCCUCUGCAGUCUAUUACCUGACGAAAGCCGCAGACAAUUGGUGGGCGACGGUCGGACCUAAUCUCCUGCAAGACCCAGCAUUUGGUUGGGAAGAAUUCAAGGUGGAAUUGAGGGAACAAUUCUACACCGAGAGUAUCAAAGGGAUUAAGUGCGAGGAGUUUCUGCGAUUGAAACAGAAGGGAGCGACUAUCCAGGAAUACUAUGAUCAGCACGUUGAGCUGAUGCGAUUUGCUCAAGAGAUCGUACCGGAUGAGGCGAGUAAGGCGAGAAGAUUCGUUCGGGGGUUGGACUGGAGUAUAAGGGGAAUGAGAAGAUUCGUUCGGGGGUUGGACUGGAGUAUAAGGGGAAUGAUAAGAUUCGUUCGGGGGUUGGACUGGAGUAUAAGGGGAAUGAUUGCACCUUUCAUGUGCUCUACCUUGAAAGAGGCGUAUGAUAGAGCCUCGGAUCAUUAUCAAGUAUACCUGGACCAACAGGAAGUCUACGGCCGAAGCAAGAGGAAAGCUGAAGACAAGUCUCGGAAGUUUCCAGCAGGAAACAAGAAGGCCAACCAAGGCAGCUUCAACCCAGUGCGAGGAAGAGAAGGGGUCAAUCAGGAAAACCGUCCUGCUUGCCCAAGAUGUGGGAGGAAUCACCCCGGAGUAAACUGUCAAGGGAUGAAGAUCAAAUGUUAUAGGUGUGGUCUCCUGGGGCACAAAUCUUUUCAGUGCCGAAGUCAAGAAGACAGUCCCCAAAAGCCUCUGCAGAAUGUGAAUCAGGGAAGGAGAUUCAAUGGGAAUGCCGGCUGGAAUUUCGCAGGAGCAGAAGACAAGAGGACCAACUCCCAAUCUGUAAAUUCAGGAAGACCAGCGAACGCCACGCCUGGUUCCAAUCACAAGGGAAAGCAGGUGAUGGGAGAAAGCAGCGGAGAGAGACAAGGCAGGAUUAACGUCGUCAAUAGCGCUUAG